UGUGCCCCAAGUGCAGGACCCGGCAUUUGGCCUUGUUAAACCUCAUGCCAGUGGUCUGAGCCCAUCGGUCCAGCCUGUUCAGAUCCCUUUGCAGAGCCUCCCUACCCUCCAGCAGAUCCACACUUCCACCCAGCUUAGUGUCAUCUGCAAACUUGUUAAGGGUGCACUCAAUGUCUUAAUCCUGCUGCUUUCUGCUGCUGUUAAUCACCUGUUAGGAUUCCUCAGGUAAGUCUGGGAUUUGCACAUCAGGUGUCGGAAGAGCUAUCCAUUAUUGGGGCAUCUGCCCACAGCAAGGGCAGAUAUUAUGUUUGGACAGUGUGUUCUAACUUUAAGCACAGUAAAAACAGAAGAAAAAAAAGGAGGGGGGAAUGUAAUUCUGAGGGAGUGCUCCGUAUUUCUAAUUCUCAAAAAAAUUCAUAAUCUUACUGACCCAAAGGUUUCAGCCAUGCCCACCCUGCUCACAGCAGUGACCCCCAGCUAGAAUUUUAUGCAUCAUGUCCCAUAAGCAGUUCAUUUAAGAAUAUGUUUAGCAAGUGAGGUAUAUAGUUUAAGGUAUAGCUGUCUCCUAUACUAUAGAAACAAGAGCAGCUCAAUAAAACUUGUAGUGACAAUAAAUUUUUCUUUCCUUUUUUACAAGUUACUCACAAUAUUCUGUGAAGUAAAAACUAGAAACUGGUACUGUGCUCCUUUUUUUUCUUUGCUAAUAUUUUUUUUAACUAUGUUGCAACACAACCAAGAAAAUUAGGAGAAAUAUUUACAAAGAUUCCUUAUAAUGUUUUAAAAAAUUAAGAACCAAUGAAGUGCUGCAUUACAGGUCAAAUGCCUAAAAGUUUUUCCUUCCGAAUUUUCAAUGUAUUCGGUAGCCCUAGGAUAGAAUGCAGUCCUAUCCUUAUCUGAGUAAACCAGGAUCAAAGGAGCUUCAAUAGUGAUACAUUGACUUCACUACCUGAAAAUCUGAUGCAUUGUAACAUCACGUAAGGUAACGUAACACAUCAUAACAUUAUUUGUGUCCUAAAUUCUCAAACCAUUGCUGAGAAGUUCAAGCCAGGACUCAAGAUUACAAUCUUACAUUUAAAACAGUAAUGAUUUGCACCUUUCAGGAGCAGAAUCAUGCUAAAGCAGGAAAGGAGAAAACAAAAGGAAUUCUUUGAAAAGAAGAAACUUAAAUCAAAGAUGAAGCUUCUGGGAGUGUCAUCUCCUAAAACUUCAGCAGUCAGUUUAGAUCUCCUCAAUCUAUAUGUUGUUAACCAGAUAUCAACCAAAAAAGACACCUCCGAGAAAACAAGGAAGCCAGUCCAUGUCGAUAUCAUCGAAGAUAAAAAAAUACCUAUUCAGAGGCACAAUGUAGAGCUUCCCAUGUCACCGCUACGUACACAACAUAUGUCAAACUUAGAAGACAUCCAGAACAGGUUACAAAAGCAAGUAUUGGACAGCAGAAGGCAGCACCUCUCAGAGAAAGUAAAAUACCAGCAUAAUUUAUCACAAGUAACAGAAGUAACACAUCCUAAUUCCAGUAUGGAACAUGAAGAAAACAUAGCAAGAACUUUCGGUGCCUGUCCAUUGUCCUCUUCUGGUUUUUCAUCCUCAAAAUGUACACAAUUUUCAGAAGAAAAUUUCAGCACAAAUGUAAUGGGCAACAUUUGGAAACAGACCUAUGGAGAGAAACUGCAAAAUCAGCCAGGAAAUAGUUCUGAUCAAGACCCUUGGAUUACAAAACCUCCAAGCCAGUGUAUUUUCAAGAAGUCUGAUACAGUGCCUCAGGAACUGUUUAAGCCAUUGCAUAGGCUAGACUAUACAAUUUCUGCCAGGAAAAAUCCAAUGGUAAUGACCAGUAAUGAGUCAGAAAACAUUGAAGGAAUAAAUGAACCAUUGUUUGAUAUUCUGAAAGAAGCCGCAGAACUGAAAGCUCCUCAAGAUGGAAGUGAUCGUUCCUUUCUGGCGCUGUUUGAAGAUGAGGGUCAACCAAUCCAUAAUAAUCCUUACACAAAGCAGUUAUAUCCUUCUAUUAACCAAAGCAGUACUGCCAUUUUUUUCAUUGAUCCUGAUAAUACAAAUCAAAUGACCAAUAGAAAUUAUUCUUGUGAUACCGCAGUGGCUUAUAGCGCAAUUGAUGCACAAAAAAGUUCUGCAGAUAGACACCUUAAAGGCAUUUUCACAGCUCCAGGACAGCAUUUACCUAAAAGUAACGUCUCAUUUGCAAGCUACAAGAAAAUCAGCAGACUUCAUAAAGCCCACCUGGAGGACUGUCAUGAGGGACAGCACUACUUCAUACCCUUUGAAAACAAAGAAAAACCUGGAAACUUUGAAAAAAUCGAAGCAUUUGCUUAUCACCAUGACCAGCGGAUGAACGUAAAGGAGACUGUACAGAACUACUCAAGAAAAAACAGUGACAGUGAGUCUGUGAAAGAAUCAGCCUGGAGACAAAACCAGGUUUUUGGAUUUGAAGAGUUCACAACAGCACAAGAGAAAGAGUAUAAGUUUGGAAUAAGUUCAAAUCUUCACGAGAUGGAGAAGGAUGUGGAGUCAGCAGCCAGCCCUCAGUCUCCCAGUUACUCUCCAAGGCAGACAGAGAGCUAUUUCAGCUCUAGUCCUGCCACAUCUGAAGAGGAAGAUACAGACAAAAAGAAGGAAUAUGUGAGUGAACAGUCCUUGAAGACAGAUGAUGUCAACCUAGUCUCAGCCUCAGCAGGCACAGGGCCCUUAAAGACCUCUCACACCAGAACCAUGCCUCUCCAGCCCAACAGUAUUUUGACUAGAGACGUAGCUCAUAUUCAGGAGAAAAAUUCCAUUUUAUGUGCUGCAGAGGAGGAAAAUAAAAACCACCCCACGUCAUCUGAGGGCAGCUCAUCACACCAAGCCCUUAAAAGAGAGCACGUCACUUGCAGUACCAGGCAUGAUGUUGGGUUGCAGACUGAGAGCUCUGUCACGGAAGUAAGGAAAAUGGAUGUUGCCACCCAAUGCGGUACCAUGCAGGCGUGCUGCUGUGGGAGCUCUCUCCUCUUUGCCCACAGUACGGAGAUGCCUUCUCUCAGCGCUACAGGCACCACUGGAGGGCACAAAAUGCCAGCACAUGAGGCGCUGCAGCCUGCAGGCACGGGCAGCGCGGCAGGAACAGCAGCGUUCUCUUCUGAAGAUGAAUACCUGAGUUUGGCUGGCAGGACUCUAGAGGUGCUGAACUAGAUUGACAUAAUGAAGGAGUGAGAUAAGCAGUGACAGACUGGAAUGGCACAUGAGGAAGAGACAAGUUUUCUCCUGUUCUCAGUAUGUUACAUUUCAUAGGCAUAUUCUGAUUUUUCUAACCUGGUUAGACAAAAUAUUAUUUUGCUGUUUGCUUGCUUUGAAUUAUUAUUGACUAUAGAUCUCUGUCUACCGACUGCUAUCUCUAGCUGUGGAUUUCUAUAGAUCUCCAACUGUUAACAUAAGAUUUUGCCAUAGCUUAGCAAAUAUUGACCUUAGGAAUUUGAUUGGCUUUCCCACCAUAUGUCCAUAGCAUCCUGUAGUUCAGAUUGACCUUGUUUCUCUUGAAGGUGGUGGAAAGGUUCUGUUUCAUUUCAAAACAUAUUUGUUGUGGCCCUUAGUUUGUAACUAGUAUCUGAUUCUUAUCCAUUUUAACAGGCAAACAAGUCUUUGCCAUAUGUUUGUAUUAAAUAUAAAAAUGGGAAACAACAGAAAAUGCAUAUUCACACACAGAGAACAAAAUGUAACUUUAAAAGAACUAAUUUAUUAAUUAAAAAAAGCCAACAGUCCAAAGCUUAAUCUUCAUUCGUAAUAGAUCUCUUGAUUCAUUCUCUGGCAGUCAAUACUGACAAAUCUUUUAAAUGUUUCUGUAUUUUUCUUGGAGACUGAAAAUCUGAAAUGCUUUCCGCUUCAUUUCAGUAUCUGUGUGAAGCUAAAAAUCACAACAAAUAAAAGCUUCUAAGAAUAUUAUUUCUAGGUUACAUUUUUUCCUUUCAAAAAAAGUUCCUACUAGAGGUCACAGGGAGCCUCACUCCACUACUGACAUCUUUUACUUAUAUAUCCAUGUACCUUUAUGUACCUAUGUACAUAGCGGGGUGUAUAUAUGUGUGUGUGUAUGAAUUUGAGAUCCUGUUCAUUUCAAACUGGGCUUGGGCAAAAGCUGUGUUAGGCACCACUCCUUAAACAGUGCAGGAGACUUGCUUUUACAAGGCUAAUAUGUUGUGCUUUUUCCCUUGGAGACAGCUGUUGACAGAUUUACUGCCCUUAUUUCCACCAGCUCAGUUUCCUUUGUUUCUAGGUUUUGUAGAAAGAGGUUUUGCAGUAAGAGGUUUUGCAGAUGAUGUGUGUCACCCAGCCCUGCUGAGAACAGUCACCAUUCCUUAUCUCCAUCCUCAUCAUCAGACUGCUGGCUGUGUUUUCUGCCAGCUUUUAUUUUUGAAGCUAAGAGCCAUUUUAAAAAGAAGGUCUCCAUUGUCCAACAGUUUGCAGGCUUAUGCCUUUGCCAUUUUACAACUAGCAUCUCAGAAAUUUCAGUGAACCUUUCUGCACUUGGGAGAAAACCACCCUGUCUUUUAUAUACAUGAAUUGCAUACAUGGAAAGAGGUUCGCACAGACAGGCUUCUGAAAUGUGCAACUAUCAUUUAGUCAAUUCACUGCCCACUUCCUAAAGCUUGACAUAAGCAGAUUUGCUAUUUUAGGUUGCCUCAAUUUAUUGUCAAAGCAAGCUCCCUAGGAAUUUUUUUAUCCAAAACUGCAAUGUUCAUCUUCUUCACAGGAGCUGUAAUUUAUUUGAAUAACAGCUAUGAUUUGCUGAAAGCUGAGCCACUACCAGUGGUUUGUAAGGCAGAGUUGUUUACUCAGCAUUAUGAAUCCCAUUUGGAUUGUGUCACACCAGCAGCAGGCCGUGCCGGCCUGGAUUAGGGAAUCUCUGAAGUGUGCGUUUUCCCAGCAAUCACCUGUGCCUGGUAGGUACCUGUCAGCCUUUCCAAGGUGCGCAUCCGGCUCCACAGUCCUCCCAAUGAGUGAUGCUGCUGGAACUCCCUUGGUCUGCCAGCCUCCUGCAAGACGCUGUAGCAGGGGCCAGCAAAUGGCACACAAAAGCUCUGGUGCUGUAUGCUUUAUAUUUGAGUUCCCAAUUAGAUGGGCAGAUGUAAAAUUGCCAUACGGCCAGGGAGCCUUGUGGUGGCUGUGCUUAGGGAAAUGCUCAAGUGACCCAACCUGAGAUAAACUGCCAUCAGCUUGCAUGAAAGUUGUACUCCUGAUUUCUAAGAGUGGCAUCAUUGGUAGGACUUUUAAAUUUUGUUUUGUUUCACAGUGAAGUGAGCUACCGAAGUUCAGGCAGAUCUUCCUUAUCCUCAGAACCACCCUCUGAGCAGGACAUGUUCCCAGUCUGUUCCUGUGAACCUACAGGACAAAGUGUGCACGUCAUAACUGGGAAAAAGUGAGAUGGUUGUAAUGAGUAGACAGAAGUGCGUAGGAGUUUCACAUGAAUCUUAUCGAGUUAUCUCUCAUAUCUCAUAAUUUAGAGCCUUCGGUGGGUACAGCUUAGUUUCACCUCAGUCACUAACAGAGUAAUUUUCAAAAUCUAUCCCGUUUCAGCCCAGAUUUCACCAUUUCCCAGUAAGGACUUAAAUUACGCAGCUCAGUGCCAGAUACACACUUUCUGACUGGCUGUACGCUUCAGACAUGUCUCUAAUGCAAUAAUUCACCACUUGGGAUAUGUCAAUCACUGUAGAUAAUCAUGUUUCCAAGCCUUUGGAUGGGAGCAUAUAAAAUCCAAUUACCUUACAGUUUUUACCUGUAAUUGCAAAGCAAUCAGAAGAAAGAAAACUCUUUGUAGUGGUAUGUGCACUGGCAAUGAUGAUAAAUAAGGCAGCGUGCUCUUAUCUACUCACUAGAGAAGCAUUUUAAAGUAUUUACAUUACUAUGAUUACAUUAGGAGAGAAUUGUGUGUCCUCCUCACCUCAGGGUCUGUCUCCCCCUCUGCUCAGGUGCUUACUUUCAUCUGAAUUUCUUUUGUGCCUUUUGGGAAGAGAUGAAUUUGAUUUAGUAGGAAUCUCCCCUCUCUCAGUGGAGCCUCAGACUGUGCUUUCUUCAGCUGAUACUUCAGAGGCCAACACUAUUUAGGCCAUCAGUAUUUGCAACCUGCAGUAAUGACCAGCAUCCCACCAUACACAUCCAGGCAUCACCCGCUUUCUCUGUGGCAACGGCACAAGCAGAGCUGCUCCUUAUUCAUCCGUGUUAGUCCUCCUGGGAGUCUGCCAAGCCUCUGGGGAUGCCACAGAAGUGUGUAUGUUUUUAACUGUGUUUGGUGAAGAUCAGUUAUAAGUUGAAUUUUGUUGGGGAAAAGGAUGGAAGUGUACCUGUAACUCACCAAAAAAACAGGAGCAUUGGUUUGGUGUUGGGACUUGAAUGCUUCUAUACACAGAUAGAAAGAAAGACUCUCUGACUGAAAAUAUUAUCCCCAAGCUUCAGUCAGAAGCAGUUUUAAUAUGUACCUGGUAAAAAAUAUUAUUUUUUUUGCUAUAAAACCAGCUUUAAUUACAGUAACUUGCAAGGUAAGGAGUUGGACAAAGUUUUCUGAGCAAGCAUCAACUGAAAUUUCAUUUCAUUAAUGGUACAAUUUGUUACUGGAUGUAAUUAUGCCAAGAGCCUCCACAAACUCAGUAGAAAUCCUUAUUUCAUUUUCAUGAAGGAUUAUCACUGUGGGAAAUGAGAAGCUUAAAUCUUCAGACAAGUGAUUAUUUCUCAGGUGGAAACUGUUUGUGAAUAGGCUUUUUAAUGGUUUUUAGCAGAGACCAGGUUCAGAAAGGAUGAGGUUUCCUGGAAAAAAUACUCAACUGUCUGCAACCAAUGCCUCAUCUGUCUCCACAAAAGCAAAUGCCCUUCCCGCAAUGCUUCUUCAGCCUUUUUUCAGUGGCAGUCCCUAACAGGUUAGAGGUGACACUCCCAGUUUCCUGAAUGCAAGCUUGCUUCUCCAUGGCUGGUGAUACUUCUGUGAGCCGAAUGCUAAACGCUCUCCUUCUUACCUUACACCUUGUCAGUGCACUGGGUGCUGCAGAUCUCCAGGAGUGAAACCCAGCAGAGCUCAGCUUGCAGUGAGAUCCUGUACAGCACCCAGAUAGGUGUGGGGGAUGCUGAGACAUCUCCACGUGAGGUGAUAGGGAAUUGGGUCAAAAGACAGUGAGGUAGAGACUCAGUGAAGAUAAAGCAGGAGGCUGCAAGAAGGCCGUUAUAUUAUUCAACAGAGCUGGGAUAAAACAUUUCCAAAUCAACUGUGUGCACUCUUGCAGAGAGCAAAUGAGCUGUGAUUCACUGCUGCUGUCACACUCAGCACACGGAGGCUGACCUGGCCAAAGGACCCAGAGCUGUGGCUGUUUGUAGGACAGGCCAAUAUAUUAUGUUGCAGAAGAUUUAUUCUGUUCCCUGGGCUGGAGUAAUUGUCAGGAAGCAGGAGGUGUAUAAGAAGAUUUGUUCUUGAGAGAAGCUGCACUUCCUGCAAACGGGUAGAUUUUUUGAGAACUCCAGCCCAGCUGAAGCUGAUGGGGAUUUCUGAGCUUGUCCAGUCCAAGUCCCACUUGGAGCAGGGCAGCUGGAGCAGGAUGUUUCAGGCUGUGGCCAGUCACUAUCACCACACACCAGGGCUGGGGGUACAAACCACACCAGGCGGUUGGCUGAGGGAAGUUGUGCCUGCAGAUGGAGGCAGCUGCUGCCUGCAGCGCUUCCCCCCUCUGCAAGCAAGGCAGGAGCUGGGGGUGCGUGAAGAAUGAGGCUGGGUGCUGCUUCCCUGCUCUGCCCCCCUCUUUUUGGAUCAUGUCUGUCUCUGCACACACAUUUCCCUGCAGCAAUGAAGAGAAGCAAUGUUUGAUCUCAACAUCAUCUUGUCCCUGAGCCCACCGUGCCUCAGCCUUGGCAGCCCUGCAGCAGUGCCUCAGGGCUGGGCUGACAACGGGCACUGACUGCUCUCUUACCAAGAACCCGAGGAUCUCUAUGCCCCCAGCAUCUUCCUGUGAAUCCCCCCCAUCCUAACAAAACUUGGCAUACAGAGACAAUGUAAAAGUUAUCUUGGCUGGUACCAGGCUGGGGGCGGGGCAGGAGCAGUCAUCCACCACUCACCUUACAAAAACUUUGCU